GUCGGAACUGGCGCUGGACAGCAUCGGGUCUUGAGGUCUCUGGUUUCCUUGGCUUCUCGUAAUCACCGCUCGGCGGAGGCAAUCACAGCAGCGCUGCGCACGGAGGCCUCCUACCAUCCUUUCCUAUGUAUUCUCACCACAGAACAUGCUGGCUGCUCGUCGUGCUGCUCGCUAGCCUCAUCUCCGUCUCAGCGUUAAGCGCGCCUGCAAGACCUCUGAGGAGGGUAUCCCACCCAUCUACCCUUUCCAUCGACAUCCUACCACGACGAGUAUCGUCGUAUAGCUAUGGAAAGCGGUCAUUUCCCGUGGACUCGCCCGUCCUCCGCCACUCGGACUCGUUCCGGUUGACCCUGACCGCGUUCGACGAGACAUUCUACCUCCACCUCCGCCCGAAUGACCACCUCAUCCAUCCCGCCGCUCGCAUCAACUACUACACCACCACCCCUGACGGGCAGUCGGUCCUUUCGCGGACAGAGCCAAUUCGCCGCGAGUCUGUGCGGGCGUACUGGGGCGAGGUGAUCCCUGAGCAUGCCUCCCCCGACAGGCUGCGCGAGGAUACCGCAGGUGUGCUUCCCCGUCCAUCAGGUCAGACCGAACUCGGAUGGGCGCGCAUCACCGUGUACGACCAAGGGGACACCACGAAACCGCCCGUGUUCGAAGGCGCAUUCUCAGUGCAUGGCGUCGUUCACCAUGUUAUGACCAAGGACAACUACUUGCGCACCAAGCAUGGCCUCGACCCUCACAUCCAGGUCUCGCAAGACGACCCUGACUCGAACCUCGUUAUCUGGCGCGACUCCGAUGUCAUGUCCGCCCAUGAGCACACGGCCGCUGCGCAUAGCGGAGGCCUGGGACUCGCCACGCCCGUUGCCGAAUCGUGUGGGCAUGACAAGAUGGAUUUCAAUACUGAUGAUCAGCGCUUGCGCAGGCCAGAUCCUCCUGCCUACACGCCUUGGUACGACGCGUUUGGAUUCCUUCGCUCUGCGAACUUUACCAAGCGAGACGAUGUCGCGGGGGGCGGAAUGGGUAUGGACUUCUCUGGUACCAUAGGCCAGACCGCAGGCUGUCCAACCUCGCAACGGAUCGUAUAUAUGGGCGUUGCUGCCGACUGCGAGUAUACGGCCAAGUACGGCACACCGUCCAACGCCACACAGCAGAUUAUCACCAACUGGAACACUGCAAGUGCGUUAUACAAGUCCACAUUUAACGUCAGCCUGGGAAUCAUCGAGAUUCAGGCGCACGACGCCGAAUGCCCAACUACCGCUGAUCCUGCGGCACCGUGGAACGUUGCCUGUUCAGAGAGCGUCACGUUGAAUGAUCGUCUGUCCAUCUUCUCGCAAUGGCGUGGUGACAAGGGCGACGACAGCGCCGGCCUCUGGCACCUGAUGAGCGGGUGCCCGACCGGCUCAGAGGUCGGCAUCGCCUGGCUCAUGACGCUGUGCCAACAAGCAGCCUCGGGUAGCUCGCCAUCGGUCGUAUCCGGGACAGCGGUCUCCACGGCCGGACGUACUGAAUGGCAGGUCGUCGCGCACGAGAUUGGACAUAAUUUCGGUGCUAUUCACGAUUGCGCUGAUGGCUGUUCGUGCUCCGGAGGCUGCAAGACGAGCGGCGUCAGCUGCUGUCCGAGCAGCGUAGCAUCUUGUGAUGCCAACUCGCAGUUCAUCAUGAGCCCUGUCGCAGAAACCGGCGAAAUGAACUUCUCGCCCUGCAGUAUCGGCAACAUUUGCUCCCUCAUGACUAGCGCGAACAUGAACACCACCUGCCUGAUCGACCCCAACGCUCCCACAUCCCUCACCACCAGCAAGCCGCUGAUCACGCUGAAGAUGUGCGGCAACGGCAUCGUCGAGUCUGGGGAGGAUUGCGACCCGGGCUUGGACUCCAACUCGACCUGCUGCGACGCGACGACUUGCAAGUUCAAGAACAACGCGGUGUGCGACCCGGACAGCAGCGCGUGCUGUACGGAUCAGUGCGCGUUCGCGCCUACGACACAAGUCUGCCGUCCUAGCAAGGACAAUCAGUGCGACACGGCGGAGACGUGUACGGGCAAGAGUUCGGCGUGCCCCGCGGACGUAAUUACGCCCAAUGGCCAAAGCUGUGGCUCGGGGCUUGCGUGUGCGAGCGGAGAGUGCACAUCACUCGACCAACAAUGUCAGCUCGUGGGCGCCUCGAUGGGACUUCAGAAGGCUUGUCCAGCCAACGACGACAAGUCUUGCCAGGUAUCAUGUCAAGACCCCACCGAUUCCAGCCGAUGCGUUGUUCUGCAGUCCGCGCUUAUCGAUGGCUCCCCAUGCGGCUACGGUGGGAUGUGCUACUCGGGUACAUGUAAACCCGGGAGUUGGUGGGACACCUUCAAGUCUUGGUAUGUGCACAACCUCCAGAUCGCCAUCCCGGUCACGGUCGUGGUCGGCAUCAUCGUCCUAGUCAUCAUAUGGGCAAUCUCUCGCUGUAUCUUCCGCUCGUGUCGCUCAAAACCCAAAUCGGUGGAACGGCUGCCAAGUUAUCCUGGCACACCGCCGAUGAACUUCAACCCUGGAGCCAUGGUCGCCCAGCCGAUGUACGGUCCAAACGCGCCCGUCGGCGCAGGUGCCGGCGCACCCAGGUCACGGCGACACGGUCCUAACAAAUCGCACGAGCGGCAGGGCUCUAUCAUGCCCAUCCAGAGCCCACCAGACCGCAGCAGCGUUCCGUUAGGCUCGCACCGCUCCUCACGGAGUACGAGCCAUUACGCACCGCAGUUCCCGAUGGAGUCCAGCAGGAAUAGCCACUCGAACUGGGUAGACCCUACACGUUACAACGGGCCUCCGCCCGUCAGUUAGCCGCACGGAUCUAGGUACUUAUUCAGGGUAUGGUAUUGGAGACCGUGUUUCGUACGCAGGACGCUCUCGCUAGUAUAUGUUCCGUUCUCGUUUCGCUCUACUGUCGCCCAGCCGGAUGGAGUUCGCUGCAGUCGUCCAUGUACUAUCUCAGAACCCUACAGCCUCUUAGCGGAAAUUUAUCACUGGGA